CCUUCACAUGUUGAAGAGCGUCCGAUAUGGACAUGUGGCCGCUGGUGCUCCUGAUCGUCCAGCUCUGCCUCUGCUCCGGGUACGAAGGGUCAGGACAGUACGCCUACGGAGAUGAUGAGGACUGGUAUUCACGUAGAUAUAAAGGAACCCCGUGGUGCGCGCCCAUUAAGGUGAAACAUGGUGACGUGAGCUGCCGCACACCCAGAGGGGAGCACUACAGGAACGUGAUGGGGACUCGCUGUAAAAUCCGCUGUAAGCAGGGAUACGAAUCUCAGAGCACAGAGGUGGUGUGUAUGGCUAGCAAGCACUGGUCCUCCAACUACGCCUGCCGAGAGAUCCGUUGUGCCAAGCCGGACAUGCCUGUUAACGGCGGCUACAAGUGUUCGGAUGGCUCUUACUUCAACUCCCGCUGCGAGUUCUUUUGUUCUCCUGGAUUCAGUCUGAAGGGCCAGAAGACGGCAACCUGCCAGCACACCAAAGUGUGGAGUGCUGGAGUCCCCACCUGUGUUGACAUGGAUCCUCCAAAAAUCAAGUGUCCUACUCUGAAGGAUAAGUGGGCAGAACCGAGAAAGCUGACGGCGAGGGUGACCUGGGACACACCAGAGGGCGUUGACACAGCUGACGGCAUCCUCACAGAUGUUAUCCUGAAAGGAAAGCCUUCAAAGUCAGACUUCCCAGAGGGGCUCCAUAAGAUGUCUUAUACGGUGUUUGACCGGGCCGGGAACAAAGGGUCCUGCCGCUUCACUGUCAGAGUGCGAGUCCGCCGCUGCAGCCCGCUGUUCCCUCCAGACAACGGUUAUAUGAAGUGUGACAGCGACAAAGACAACUACGGAGCCUCCUGUGAAUUCACCUGUACGGGCGGCUACGAGCUGCAGGGCAGCGCCGCCAGAGUGUGUCAGUACGGACUCACCUGGUCUGGUUCAGACACCACCUGUGCACCCAUGAACAUUAAUGUGGGAGUGCGCUCUGCUGCCGCGCUGCUGGACCAGUUCUACGAGAAGAGACGGCUCCUCAUUAUCUCAGCGCCGACGGCCGCCAAUCAUAAUUACCGCUUCCAGAUGACUAACUUACAGCACGCUCAGUGUGGACUGGACUUAAGACACGUCACGGUCAUCGAGCUGGUCGGGACCUAUCCGGCACAAGUUGGACGAAUUCGUCACAGGCUGCUUACUCCAGCGCUGGCCCUGCAGCUAAGGAUACUCCUCCGGAUUCCCCAAAGGUCUUUCCAAAUGGUGCUGGUGGACAAGCAGGGCAUAGACAAGCAGCGCUACCCGUUCCCCAUCACGGCGGCUGAAUUAUUCACCACCAUCGACACCUUCCCCCAACGCAAGGAUGAGAUGCUGCUCCAACAAGAAGCGGGCCAGGGCUGUCAAUCAUAAAACACCCGCAGCACUCAGUGCACUUCAUGGACUGUCAGCCAUCUUUGAUCCUUUCCCUCCUCCGUCACAGCAGACAAGACCGACUCAGAUCUUCUGUUUCCAGCCACAUGUCACACACUCCUACCUGAACUCAUUCUGUCCUGUAUCCUCUAUGUGUGAGUGUGUGUGUGUGUAUGUGUGAGUGUGUGUAAGUGCGAGUGUGUGUGCGUCAUCAAGGGUUUGGAUGUCAGUCAUGGUGCUGAUCUGAGGCUGAUCUAAAUUAAAUAGAUCUCACAGUACAUUACAAUCAUAUUGAUUCCUGUGUCUUGUCUGUUUUAUAUUUUUAUUAUUAUUAUUAUUAUUUCCAAAGCAGAAAUAUGUUUUACUAUUUUGUACAAAAAAAAAUAAGUCUUUUACUGUAUGAACUGGAAAACUUUUCACCUGUCUAAUAUUUAUGUCUCCUCUCUCUAUUAAUGAUGUACUCUGUGUGUGUGCGUCUGUACAUCUAUGAAAACACUGAUUAAAGGCGUCCAGUACAGAGGA